CCUUACUUGAGAACUAGACAAAGCGGUUGACAAAUCUUUUUCUGGGCCUAAGGCAAGAAACCCCACCCAUCCCUCCGCUCUCGGCCUUCCAGGAGUGGGGAAUCGCCAAAGGUCAUGGGGACAGGUGACUAGACAGGGAGGGGAAGGGGGACCUUUUCCUGCCCCUUCAGGGCCUGCAACCUUGCAUGAUUCUGAGGGGAACAAGGAGGGCCCCUUUAUUCAGAGAAAACAUGUCCUGUGUAAAUGUGCUCCUUUUAGUUAAAUGUGUGUGUCUAGGGGCCUCCCAAAAGUCCCACCCAGUCAGUAACAGGUUGGCAAGGCAAGGAGCUGUUCCUCUGCUUCUCGACUUCAACCCUGUACAGCUGUAACUUUGGCGUAGAUGCGUGGGAGGUAAGGCUGUGUACUGCCAUAGCCCCAGCUGGUGAUGCCCACCACGAAUCAUGUUCCCGAAGGCUGUUUGCAGGCGAGGAGGCCACCAGCAUCACCUUUUGGAGGAAAGAAAGAGAAAGAAGCGUAUGGGAGUGGAAACUGCACUCUUAGACAAGAGGACCCAAGAAUCCGGCUCUGUGGCUGUUUUCUCUCUCUCCCUGCUCAAAAGCGUGUGCUCCUCCAGCUGCUUCCUGAUAGAUUUGGGCAUCAUUUCUGCCCGCCACCCCAGCUCCACGCCUGGCCCCAGCUAGUGGCUUUUUCAGCGUUGGGCGAGGGGAGAUGCCGGCAUUCUUGACGGCUGCCUUUUGCGGUGGCUUUGACAACAGCCCAAGAAAGGAUGUGGGCUACUGAGGCAGGCCCCCAGCACCAAUGCCACAUGCAGCAUCUUGCAACGCUCAUCAACUUUCAGCUGAAGGGUUUGACAUGAAGCUCCCAGUGCUAAAAAAAAUCCCCAAGAUCCUGGAGUUUGCCCAGCGGAGCCCUACAAUUUCAGUGAAUCCAAGGCUGUUGUGCUUUUACCCAAAAUUUGGCAGAGUGUGGAUUUUUCAGGAUUCUCUGGGAAUGACAGUUAGGAGUGGAAAGCAGUCUCAGGAGGCCAAAGCUGAAUCCAGGGUGAUGGUGAUGCACCCUCCACCACUGGAGGGAUUCAAGAGGCCGCUGGACAUCCACAUUCGCAGAUGCUUUCAGUUGGGUUCCUGCAUUGAGGAGGGGAUUGGAGGCCCCUGCCACUCUACGAUUCUCUGAGGGGGUGUGGGGUGAGAAUGUGGCCCCUUCAUGUGCCAAACCAGAAGUAAGUAAAUCCAAGUGUGUCCUGUGAAGCCAGUACUUCCUAAAUGAGGAGUAUAGGGAAAGAUCCAGAACAAGUGGAGGCCAACACAACUUUUCCCCCAUCAGAGAAGCAAUUGUGACAACAGCCAGAAUCCCAAAGUGCAUGGGAAGAUGGUAGGGUGUCCGUAGGACCAUGCACCACACAAUGACAUGCAGUUGCUGUUUUCUGGUCGUCGUUUUCCACUGUGUUCUCCUAAGCGGUGCUUCUGUUGCCGCCUGCCCAUCUCGCUGCGAGUGCGUCCCUCAGACCAAGUCUGUCAGCUGCCCUCGUAAGGGCCUCACGUCCAUUCCUGAGGGGAUCCCAGCAGAGACCAAGAUCCUGGAGCUCAACAAAAACCGCAUCCGCUGCCUGAACUCGGGGGACCUGUCCCCGUUCCCUUCGCUGGAGGAGCUGGACUUCAGCGAGAACAUGAUUGCAAACGUGGAGCCAGGAGCCUUCAGCAACCUCCUGAACUUGCAGACCUUGUGCUUGCGUGGCAACCUGCUCAAACUCCUGCCCCUGGGUGUCUUCAGCAAGCUGUCCAAUCUCACCUUGCUGGACAUUAGCGAGAACAAAAUUGUCAUCCUUCUGGACUACACGUUUCAAGACCUGAGGAGCCUGAGGAACCUUGACGUUGGGGACAAUGACUUGGUUUACAUUUCCCGGAAGGCCUUCUCUGGCCUCCUUGGCCUGCAGCAACUGACGAUCGAGAAAUGCAACCUGACAGGCCUCUCUGCAGAAGCCCUUUCCCGCCUCCAAAACCUGGAGGUUCUUCGGCUGAGACACCUCAGCAUCGCCAUGGUGGAAGACCAAAACUUUAAGAAGCUUUACAACCUCUGGCACCUGGAAAUUGAAAACUGGCCAUUCCUGGAGGACAUCUCGCCAAAUGGCUUCCAAGGGCUCAACCUCACCUUCCUCUCCAUCACAUACACUAACAUCACGGUGGUGCCCACGGCUGCCUUGAGGAGCUUGGGGCAUCUCGUGUACCUGGAUCUGUCCUAUAACCCUAUCAGCAAUGUGCCACAGGGUGCCUUCAGGGACCUACUCCGGCUCAGAGAGCUCCACAUGGUGGGUGCCCUGUUGGUCUCGGUGGAGCCCCAGGCAUUGCAUGGCUUGAGGCAAAUCCGUCUUCUCAAUCUCUCCAACAACUUCUUGUCCACCUUGGAGGAAAGCAGUUUCCAUUCUGUCCACACGCUGGAAACUCUCAGAGUGGAUCGGAAUCCCUUACUCUGCGACUGCCGUCUCCUGUGGAUCCUCCAGCGCCGAAAGACACUGAACUUUGACGGGCAGCCGCCAAUGUGCUCCUCGCCACCCGAGAUCCAGGGCGACGCUCUGCGUGACUUCCCAGACUCAGUACUCUUUGAGUACUUCACCUGCCAAAAGCCCCAAAUCAGGGACCGGAAGCUCCAGCACGUCACUGCUCACGAAGGGCAGGCGGUGUCCUUCGUGUGCCGGGCCGACGGGGAGCCCAUCCCCUCUGUCAUCUGGGUCUCUCCUCAGCACAGGAUGAUCACUACCAGGAGCACUGGGCGGUCCACAGUCUUGCCCAGCGGGACGCUAGAGAUCCGGUACGCCCAGGUCCAAGACAGCGGGACGUACAUUUGCAUUGCCAGCAACGCUGGGGGCAACGACACCUACUUUGCCAUCCUGACGGUCAAAAGGCAGACCCUCGAGGGAGGCGCCCUUGAUGCAAACAGGACACUGUACCUGCGUGAGAUCAACGGCACUUUCCACAACGAGACGCAGGUUUUCUUAAAGUUCACGCUGGACCUCAAGACCAUCUUGGUCUCCACAGCCAUGGGCUGCAUCACCUUCCUAGGCGUGGUCCUCUUCUGCUUCCUCCUCCUCUUCGUCUGGAGUCGGGGACGAGGGCAGCACAAGAGCAACUUCUCUGUGGAGUACUCCUUCCGCAAGGUUGACGGCCCGACCGCAGCGGCCGGGCAGGGAGGCGCCAGGAAGUUCAACAUGAAGAUGAUUUGAACUGCUGGACGGCUGUGAGGGGCCACCUGUUGCCCCAAUAUCAGGCAGGUUGUUUAAUGGGAACACCUGUUUGCCCCUCUCCCAUCAGCGCAGUUCAACUACAAGGGCUUAGACUGGGCCAGCGGUGUCUGCUGAGAAGGGUCUGCCAACCCCAGCAUGGAGGGCAAAAGGCUGCCACACUGGUAAAGCUUCCUGCUGCCGCUCAGCUGGGGGGUGGCUGCGCUGGACAAGGCUCUAUGGGCCAACUAGCACCACCCUAGUGGGAUGCCUGCACCGCCACGGUGUGUCUGAACAUUGGGAAGGGUGGGGGGCGGCAUCGUUAACCGGGCCAGUGGGAUUAGCCCCAUACGUGGGCUGCAUGAGCCUGGCGCUUCUGCACUCAGGGCCACAGCCCACCCUGCAAACCGCUUCUCCAGCCCUGGCUGAGCUUCCUACUGUCGCCGGUGCACUCUGAGGUCCACAGCAACUGGCCUUUCACUCCCUGCUGCCCCCACAAGGUAUCCUGGCUGCGCCCGCAUGCCGGAUCCUCUUGCUGUAGCUCACGUUUGAUUUUUGUUUUCUCAACUAUGCAUUUCUCAAGUAACAGAAGCAUUACUUUUGUGCUUUGAACAGCCUCACCCCUCUCUCACUUUUUCAGUGACAAUUUUUUAAAUCUUGGAUCAGUUUAUUGCUUGUUUCUAAAGAGGUUUAUAUGCAUGCCUGACAGACAUCUUCCUGUGUGGCUGGGGACUGCACUGCAGAGGGGCAGGUGGCCACCCCACCGCCAUCCAUCAGAUGAGAGCCAGCAACACGGAGGCUUUGCUGGGGAAAAUACGAUGCCUUGUCAGAGUGCUUCCUAACAAGAAGGGUCAGCAAAUGGCCGUCCCCCGUGCCAGAGACCCUCCACAGCCAAGCAAUAACCGGCAUCUUCCAUUAGCCCAGCAUGUGGGGUGCAGGACGGCCCAGAGAGGGGGAAGAUGUCAGCUGAAAGAUGAUGCUUGAUGAUGAUGAUGUAUUAUUUGUGUUAGGCCAGGUUUCGGCUGGAAUAUUUUCUGGCAUCUGUUGUGGUUCCCAAUGCAAACAGCAGCUGCCAGGCAAGGCGAGGGGUGUACUGACAAGAGGAUAUUAGUAUUUUGGAGAGCAAGACAGGUCAGUGGUGGAGACGUGCGCAGUCACUUGCUGGGGUGGUGCAGAUUACAUUUGUGUUUACCUUCCCGAGAGAGAUGUGGGGGCGUCUGACAGCCUGAGCGCCUCAAAGCUACCGGAUCAAUGCUAAUAAAAUGACUGUGAGGCGCCCGCCUGCUCCCUCUC